UCACGUAGGAAAGGGGAAAGUCUUCCUUGGCGGAAUCGGCACAGCUGAAGGCCUCCCUGAAUCCUCAGGGGUCCGAUAAAAACCUCCAGGCUCCUAGCAUGACAGACGCCUUCUGCAAGCAGAAAUCCUGCGGGAAACCACCCACGUGGGUGGUUUUCAGCCUUCUGGUAUUUUGCAACACUCUGCUCUCCAGCUCUGCGCCCACUUACGAGUGGCAAGAUCCCAUUACCAAGGAGAGACUCGUCUGCCAGCAGUGCCCACCAGGGACAUGCGUGGCACAGUACUGCACCAAGGAUAAGCCAACCCAGUGCCAGCCGUGCCCCAGUCUCUACUACACCCAGUACUGGAACUACCUCGAUAAUUGUCUGUAUUGCAACAAUAUUUGCAGCGGCCUAGAAGAGGAGGCUCUGCCAUGUAAUGCCACGCAUGACCGGGUGUGCCAGUGCAAGCCAGGAUACUACUUCGACCCGUCCUCUGAAUUCUGCCUACCGCAUUCCGCUUGCCCUCUGGGGAGCGGAGUCGCUCAGCCUGGCACCCCUCAUGAAGACACCAAAUGUGCCGCGUGCCCUCCGGGGACCUUCUCCAACUCCAGCACGGGGCUCUGUCAGCCGCACACGAACUGUUCGGCGCACGGCCUGAAGCUCAACGUUCCGGGGAACCCGUUCCACGACUCCCUCUGCACGGCUUGCCAGCUCAAUCAAACCGAUGGGACCCAGGAAUGGCUCGAGGAAGCGUCAGGUGGGCAGCUGCAGCCAGUGAGGCUGCUUACAGAAGAGAGCCCAGAGUGCGAACUGGCUUUUAUCGACUUUGCGGUUUAUCAGAUCAACUCGCCCAAGAAGCUGUGGGCGCUGAAGCAUGCGCUGGAGCAGGAAGCCGCGCCCAAGGAGGGCCACAACAACCAGCUGAUGCUCCAGGCCGAGAUCUAUGCCUACCUCACCAGGAUCCGGAACAUUCCCACGCAAGUGUCGGUCGCCAAAGAGCUCCUGCUGGCCUUCCAGAGGACCCAGCAGAAUCGUGUGAAGAGUCGUUUAUCUUCAAAAUUCAGAAAAUGGAUGCGGGCCCUUUGAUUUGAGCCGGGAAAGGUUGCACGUCUGCAAAAGAUGGGCAAUCACUCGGGAUCCUUCCAGCGGUUUUUACACUUCCUUUCUGGUCGGGAACGGGGGUUGCUUCUUUCAGAAGCGCCCGUAGCCUGACUUCACAGCAAGAAUGAUUACGGUUUAAAGUCUAGUAACGCAUUUGAUGUUUCUCUCUCACCCCUCCCAUUUCUGAGCUUUUCCCCCCCUUUUCCCCACAAAUAGGUUAAAGGGAAAGCAGUCUGUAUGCAUGAUACAUAAAUAAACAACCCCUGCCUCCCCCCAAGCAAUGCAAAUUUGGUUUCCAAAAAAAUGCUGUAUUUUGUGACCUCUAUGGCUCGGUUAGUUUUUUUUUAACACAACUUAUUUUUGCUCUUUAUUUGUAAUUGUGAUUUUGACAGUGGGGUGUAACGGCUUGUGUGCCAGAGCAGGGCUAGGGCGACCCGAAUUCGGGUCCCCUGCUGAGCCGCAACAAGCCGCUCUUUGGCCAGUUGCUCUCUCUAUGAGCUUAACCUACCUCACAGGGUUGUUGUGAGUAUGCAGUGGAAGAGGGGAGGCACAUCUGUGCCCCCUGAGCCCUUGGGAGCCCUGCAUGGAGUAAGGAGACAUUGCGCCCCAUAUUGGGGAGAAAGUGUCAGAUACUGUGUUUUUAAAAUAAAGAAAUGUGCUUAUCCAAGCCUAUUAUCUGAGAGCCCUUUCAAAAGAUAGUGAGGGCUAGGAACUUGCUUUUUCCUCCUUUCAAAUGCACGCUGAUAUGCCUAGUAAAUGGAAGGCUGAUCUGAUAGAACAUGAUGUACCUUUCCUGAUCGCAGGUGAAAUCGCUGCAUGUCCAAACUGUGUUGAUCAAAGCACGUCAUUCUUUGAAUCUGCCAAGGGACUGCACUGUGUUGAAACAUCAGGAACGCCACCCCUUCAGCGUACUAAAUUACCCACCUGUUCCCGGUGGAUCUAGGGAGCAUCUCUUCAGUUAGCGGAAUAUUUGCGUGGAUCGCUUUCUAGCUGUAUCUGAAGAAGUGAGCAGUGACUCACAAAAGACCACACC